AUGGUUUCUGAAGCAGAAGCCCGCGACAUUUACAAAUCAGCAAUCCACUUCGACGGCCUCAACAUCUGCAACUUCUCCCGCACCAUCUUCGAAGCUUGGUCCUCAGGCGGUAUCACAGGCGUAUCAUGCACCAUCAGCAUCUGGGAGAAUUUCCGGAACUCAAUAGCGCAAGUCGUACAAUGGAAAAAGUGGUUUGAAGAACACUCCGACUUAAUCGUCCAAGCCCAUUCCGUUGCCGACAUUCGCCAAGCAAAGAAAGAUGGGAGAACUGCUGUGAUACUGUCAUGGCAGAAUACAGCAGGUAUCGAAGAUCAGCUCGAUUAUCUGAGAGUGUUUAGAGAUUUGGGAGUCAGAAAGAUGCAACUUACGUAUAACACGCAGAAUUAUUCUGGAGCAGGAUAUACUGAGUUGAAAGAUUCCGGUCUCACUGGAUUCGGGAGGGAAGCGGUGGCUGAGAUGGCGAAGUUGGGGAUUGUUUGUGAUUUGAGCCAUGUUGGGCCGCAAACGAGCAGAGAUGUGAUUGAAUUUGCACCGGAAGGGAAACCGCCUUGUUUCUCGCAUGUCUUGCCGGCGGGCAUGUUGGAGCAUCCCAGAAAUAAGAGUGAUGAGUUGGUCAAAUUGAUUGGUGAGAAGGGGGGCUUUGUUGGUUUGUCGCAGUUUGGGCCGCAUAUGGCGAAGGGGAAUGAUAGUACGAUCGAUGACUAUGUUACUGCAUUGGACUACGUUAUCGGUUUGAUUGGAGAAGAUCUGGUUGGAAUCGGGUCUGAUUCGAGUGAAGAGCAUGGACGACCUAGCGAGUUUAUGGCUUGGUGCAACAGUGACAAAGGUUAUGCAAGGAAGCUCACACCAUGGGGAAGCCAGAAAGUUGUGAAGCCUCUUGGACCUUUAGCAGAUCGUGCAAAACUUGCAGAAGCAAUGGCAAGAGCAGGUUGGUCAGAAGUGAAAAUGAGGAAAGUGCUUGGGGAGAAUUGGCUAGCUUAUCUUGAGAAGAUAUUUGAACAUUAA